GGCAGGUGCUGAACCUUCUCUGGGAACCUGCCCCACGCACCCCGCACCCCUCAACAUAGUUGCUGGUGCCUCUCCUCACUUUUUCUGUAUCCUCCUACUUGGAAAAACUUGAUCUGGUUGCCAUGGAGACCAGCCACUGACUUCAGAGUGCCUGUUUAUUAAAGAUGAAAGUAAUGCAUGCCUGGCUGAUCUGAGCAGCUGUCAGAGAGAGAUUCGGCUGUUAGCAAAGAAAGUCACUAAUUUCGAGGCAUAAUCACUCAAGAGGGAGACGGCCCCCCUUCAUCUUCCAAGUGGAGCUGAGCACUGUGGGAGUUACGGAUAGCACGUGAAGGAAACUAAUCAGGAAAUCACCAUCCAGAAGUGGUUAUAGUCCCCAAAAUGUGAAGGACCACCUGCAUUAGAAGCACUUGUUUUAGGGUCCCAGGAGUCUACAUUUCAAACAAGAGACCCAGAGAACACGGAGGACCUCCCGAGGACUGCAGAGUAAAGAGUGCACGGGUCCCAGCGCGAUAAAGGGCAGUGCUGCGAUAUGGUGAGAACGCAGAUAAGGGGAUGAUGCGGAUUCGGACUGUGGCGUUGGGCGUCUCCCAGGCAGUCUUACCUGAAGACACUCUUUCCUCCCUUCACCUCAUAAUUCGUGUCUGAAUGCCACUUCCUGGACCCUGAGCCAGGCUCAGCCUCUGAGGGAGAGAGGACCUAACCAAACUGACCUAACUCCGGACCCCAAAAGGCCUCCUGGUGCCUCGAGAAAGGUGGCUAUGGAGCUACAGCUUUAAAUAUGAAACGUGACCCUUUACAUAUUAAAAUCAAAGGAGAAGAAUUUCCCCUGACUCUGGGCCGGGAUGUGUCUGGUGUGGUGAUGGAGUGUGGACUUGAUGUGAGGUACUUCAAGCCUGGCGAUGAGGUCUGGGCUGCAGUUCCUCCCUGGAAACAAGGCACUCUCUCAGAGUUUGUUGUAGUCAGUGGGAAUGAGGUCUCUCACAAGCCCAAAUCACUCACUCAUACUCAAGCUGCCUCUCUGCCAUAUGUGGCCCUCACAGCCUGGUCUGCCAUAAACAAGAUUGGUGGCCUGAAUGAUAAGAAUUGCACAGGAAAACGUGUUUUAAUCUUGGGUGCUUCAGGCGGAGUUGGUACUUUUGCUAUCCAGGUAAUGAAAGCGUGGGAUGCUCAUGUGACAGCAGUUUGCUCUCAGGAUGCCAGUGAACUUGUAAGGAAGCUUGGGGCAGAUGAUGUAAUUGAUUACAAAUCCGGAAAUAUGGAAGAGCAGUUGAAAUCUUUAAAGCCGUUUGAUUUUAUCCUCGACAGUGUUGGUGGAUCCACCGAAACGUGGGCUCUAAGUUGUCUCAAGAAGUGGUCAGGAGCCACGUAUGUGACUUUGGUGACUCCUUUCCUCCUGAACAUGGACCGGUUGGGCAUAGCGGAUGGCAUGUUGCAGACAGGCGUCACCGUGGGCUCUAAGACGGUGAAGCAUUUCUGGCAAGGAGUCCACUAUCGCUGGGCUUUUUUCAUGGCCAGUGGUCCAUAUCUAGAUGACAUUGCAGAACUGGUGGAUGCGGGAAAGAUUCAGCCAGUUAUUGAGAAAACCUUUCCAUUUUCUAAAGUUCCAGAAGCCUUCCUGAAGGUAGAAAGAGGACACGCACGAGGAAAGACCGUCGUCAGUGUCGUUUAAAUAAACACUCAGUUUGGUG